AUGCCCACCGCUGCAGAGGGUGCGGCCAUGAGCAUUCUGGACAUGACGGCCGGAGGCUUGGCCGAGCUCAGCAAUGUCAGCUCCGUGGGCAUUCAGCGGGACAGGGAAGUCGUGAAAGACAAGCUUGACAAAUUCAUCGGCUGGCUGAUACAGCAGAAGGGUCCCGACUUGUACCGUUCCAAGGGAGUCCUAGCGGUGCAGGGGCUGCAGCAGAAGUUCGUAUUCCAUGCCGUGCACAUGCAGUUCAGCAGCAAACCUCAAGAAGCUUGGAGGGAAGACGAGAAGAGGUGCUGCAAAAUGGUCUUCAUUGGAAAGAAUCUGGAUCGUGAAGAGUUGAACAAGAAAUUCGACGAAUGCCUCGCGUGA